UUAGUUUGAUUUAUAAAAGUUUUGUGUUAAAACAAAAGUUGAAAGUAACUAAAGUACAAGGUUUUUUAUUAAAGCAUGGUGAUUUAAGUACUGAAUACUUUUCUAAUUAAAAAUACUUUUUACGUUUUGUAAAACAUUGUUGUGUUUAAUGAAAUAAAUUAAUUACAUUAAAUAUUUUGUUAAUUAAUUCCAUGUUUUUAUCAAGGUAUCCAUGAUGACUGAAAGUGGAAGUAAUAAUACGUCUUCGUUAACAGAACAAGGAACUGAGGAGGAUACAAAAUGUAAUACGGUCGCAUCGAAUAUUCCAAUACCUCAAAUCAAACAAAUUAAAGAAGAAUUAGAUAUAUCGUUUACAGAAUGUACACCAUCCGCUUAUUCACCGACAACUACCGUUAUGCACGAGAUCGAUUUUGGGCGAUAUUGUGAACAACGAGAUCGAUCUCCUUCGAGUCCAGAUCGACAGCAUUGCUCUUCGACCACGCAACCGAUUGAAGAACAUUCAAGAGCUGGUCACACUACGGAUGGUAUUAAAGAAGAAGAUUCACCGCGUAGAUUAUGUUUGGUAUGUGGUGAUGUUGCGUCAGGGUUUCAUUACGGCGUUGCAUCUUGCGAAGCAUGCAAAGCUUUCUUUAAACGAACAAUACAAGGUAAUAUUGAAUAUACUUGCCCGGCUGUUGGUGAAUGCGAAAUAAAUAAACGAAGGCGUAAAGCGUGUCAAGCAUGUAGAUUUCGUAAAUGUUUAAGAUGUGGAAUGUUAAAAGAAGGUGUAAGAUUGGAUAGAGUACGAGGUGGGCGCCAAAAAUAUCGUAGAAAUCCAGAUUUGUCUUUUCAAAUGUUGGUUACAACUGCACAACGGCCACAAAUGUUAGAAGAUAUUAAAAUGUUAGAAGCAUUGAAAAAUUGUGAACCAGACAUGUUAGAAAUAAAUGUAUCGUUAGAAGUGAGUAAACAUAGAACACUAUCAAUGUUAAGUGAUUUAUACGACAGAGAAUUAGUUGGUAUUAUCGGUUGGGCAAAACAAAUACCAGGAUUUACAGAUUUAUCAUUGAAUGAUGAAAUGCGUUUAUUACAAAGUACAUGGGCUGAAAUACUCACAUUAACAUUAGCCUAUAGAUCAAUGAAAUUAUUAGCUAGUGGUAAACUACGUUAUGCAACUGAUUUUACACUAGAUGAAAAACAAGCACGCGAAUGUGGAGCUCAUGAAUUAUAUAAUCGGUGUUGCCAUGUUGUGGAGCGAUUGGAACGUUUGUCAAUUUGUAAAGAAGAAUACUUCCUAUUAAAAGCUUUAGUACUUGCAAAUUCCGAUGUUCGCCUAGACGAUUAUCAUGCUUUGAAAAAAUUCAGGGAAUCAAUAUUAGGAGCACUUUCAGAUGCUGUAGGAAUACUACGACCAAGUGGAGCACUUCUUCAACUCCAACAUCUUUUACUCUCGAUGCCAGCACUACGUCAAGCUGACUAUGCAGUACGCCGUUUUUGGUCAGAUAUUCACCAACGGAAUUUGGUGCCAAUGAAUAAGUUAUUUUUAGAAAUGUUGGAAUCUUAUUCACGGUAGCCUAUUAUAUUUUAGUUAUGAUUCGAUUUUUAAAAAAAUAUUAUGUU